GUGGUGGCAUGUUACCACCAUUUCUCCUGGUGUGUUGGCGGGAGCACGGACAGCCUGCAGCUUCGCCACCAGCUGCAACAAACCAGAGAGAAGGCCCAGAAGUUGUCUGCAGCCAUCUGUCACCACCUGACCUUUCACCUCCGGGACAAGAGCCUGCCCCAGGAGCAGCGGAGGGAGAUGGAGCUGCUCUGGGUGGUCUUCUCCUCCAGCCUGGAGCUCCUGCACGUUGACAUGUGCAAAGUUUUUACCAUCAGUGGCAUUUUCUCACCGGCUGACCCGGUGUCUCUGGUGCAGACCGGCCUGCAAGGGGGAGGCAGUGAGGUUGCGGCCCGGGCGCUCAGCCUGCCGGACCUGAACCAGGUUCAGACCCAAGCSCUCCCAGCUGGCCUUGAAAUGGAAGAACGCAGCGCGUUGGAGGAGGAGAUCGGCCACAUCGACCGCAUGAUGGAGGACAUGGAGGCGAAGGUGAACGUACUGCGCUGGAUGGUGGAGCCCCGCAGGCCGCAGUACGCCGACCCCAUCAGCAGCGCCGACAGCAUGGCUCUGGUCUCUGUGGACGAGGAGCAGCCCGGGUCCACAUCCCAGCCUCAGAGCCAGCGCAGUCACAUCUUUGUGCUUGUGUUGCUCUUCACCGUCAUCGUAGUGGCAGCCAUUUUAUCUGUCUGUGUUUUCAUUUUCUCAUGAACAAAACCUUAAAAUGUUUUCUGUAAAUCAUUAAAACUGGAUAAAUGGCGAGUUUUGUUUGUA